GGUCCAGGUGAAAGGUGAAUACAGUGAGAGAGAGGAAAGUGCUCUGAGCUCAGAGCCCGUGGAGACUCCAGAGGAAGCUGAGAUGCCUUUCAGCUACCCUAGGGAAUAUCCUGACUAUGAGAGCAUUAAGCUGGAGAGACAUCCUGGCUCCUAUGACAGCAUCAGGCCAGCCAGUGGGAAAAUGACUUGUGACAUCUGUGGCCUGGCCUGCAUCAGCCUCAAUGUCCUGAUGGUCCACAAGCGGAGCCACACUGGGGAGCGUCCGUUCCAGUGCAGCCAAUGUGGAGCUUCCUUCACCCAGAAGGGAAACCUCCUGCGCCACAUAAAGCUGCACACAGGGGAGAAGCCUUUCAAGUGCCACCUGUGCAGCUAUGCCUGCCAGAGGAGGGAUGCACUGACAGGGCACUUAAGGACACACUCAGUGGAGAAGCCUUACAAGUGUGAGUUCUGUGGAAGGAGCUACAAGCAGAGGAGCUCCCUGGAGGAGCACAAGGAGCGGUGCCGAACUUACCUGCAGGGCUCCGGCGUGGCUGAGCCUGGCAGCAUGGAAGCAGCCAGGCACAGCAAGGCAGAGCUGGGCAGUGAAAGAGCUCUCGUGCUGGACAGGCUAGCAAGCAACGUGGCAAAGAGGAAAAGCUCAAUGCCUCAGAAAUUCAUUGGUGAAUCUCGGCACAGCUUCGAGCUGGGCUACAGCUCCACCUUCCCCUGCGAGAAGGAGAGCGAGGCGGUGCAGGGCCGCAUGAUGGACCAGGCUAUCAGCAACGCCAUCACCUACCUGGGGGCCGAAGCUUUGCGUCCCCUGGUGCAGACCCCCCCAGCCCCCACCGCCGAGCUGGUGCCAGUCAUCAGCAGCCUGUACCCGCUGGCGCUGACCCGCCCCGAGCAGCUCCCCAACGGCAGCUCGCAGGAGGCUGAGAAGAGCUUCGGGCACCUCAGGGACAAAAGCUCCACCUCGGACAGAGGUCUCUCCCCCGCCACCAGCGGGCAAGACUCCACGGACACUGACAGCAUCCACGAGGAGAGGCAAAACCUCCCCUUCCAACCGGCUCAAGCCCGCAACGGCCUCCAAGCUCUGCGGGAUCUGCCUCGCUCUUACGACGGCACCAAACCGCCGCCGCCGCCGCCGCCGGCGGGAGACGCCUUUAAGGUCCUCAACAAAGAAGGGGAAGCUUUGGGGGUCUACAGGUGCGACCACUGCCGAGUCCUCUUCUUGGAUUAUGUCAUGUUCACCAUCCACAUGGGCUGCCACGGCUUCCGCGACCCCUUCCAGUGCAACGUCUGCGGCUACCGCGGCCACGACCGCUACCAGUUCUCCUCGCACAUCGCCCGCGGCGAGCACAGGCUCAUCUUCAAGUGAACUUCAGGACCUCUUCCUCCUGCUUUUGUUUGAUUUCAGGGGGAAAAAAAAGCUUGGGGUGAGGUCCCAAGGGUCAGGUUUGGGUGGUUUUUAU